AUGGAUGAACUUAACACCCACUCGGACUCUGAUCUUACCGACUUGGAAAUACUUGAAGAACAAUUAAAAUCAGCUAGCGAGGAAUGUGUGAUAGAUUCAGUCAAGAAGAUAGUCCUGCCAGAACCUCAUUGGCCUGAAGUUUCAACAAAUCAAGCCUCCAGCUCCACCAGAAAUCCCCCACUCCCUCCGUCAAACCCAAAUAAUUUAUUCGAGGACAACGAAAUAUCAAUAAUAACUCCAGAAGCCUUUCUUGAAAACAUCAAGCGAAAACGCCAGGCCUUCAAAGAUGCCUUGGAUGACAAGACACUUCCACUGAGUAUCAGAGUUCUUACUCAAAAAGUAAUUGAGGCCAUGGACAAGUCUAGAGAUGGCACGUUUUAA